UCAUCUUUCAAAUGUUCGUGAUUUUAAAGAAGUUCUCAGAUUAAAUAAGAAUAAGUUGCUUAAAAUUAUUUUUGUUAGUAUAUUGUGUUGUUAUUUAAUCUUUUAUCGUGAGUUGUUAUUCUUGUAUUUUACAACAUUUAAAAUGUAAUGUCAUAAAAGUAAUCAAAACGUCUACAGUUUAACCUUCAUCAAUAUAACUACUCCAAUUUUUUAAAACAGCAAUAAAUUAUGUUGGAGGGUUUAGUAGCAUGGAUUUUAAACACUUAUCUAGGAAAGUAUGUCGAGCUAAAUACAGAUCAACUUAGCAUAGCUCUGUUAUCUGGAAAAGUUGAGUUAGAAAAUUUGCCGCUCAAAAAAGAUGCACUCCGACAUUUGGGACUGCCUGUUGAGAUUAAAACGGGAUUUAUUGGUAAAAUACAGCUGCAGGUGCCUGUUAGUCAAAUUAGGUCAGCUCCAUGGGUGAUAGUUAUUGAACAACUAUGCCUUGUUGCUACUCCACUUUCUAUAGACCAGUGGGACUGUGAGGCCGAAGAUUUAGCUAGACACGAGACGAAAUUAGCUGCCCUUGAUUCUCUUGAAGCAGAAUGGAGAAUAAAAAGAGACGGUCAAGAUUACAAUUCCACUUAUUAUUCAUCCAGUUAUUCUUCAUGGUACAGUUACGGAGCUGGCGUAAUAUCUGACAUAAUAGAAAAUUUACAGUUACGAGUUCAAGAUGUGCAUAUCAGAUACGAAGAUUCCGUUAGUCUUCCAGAUCAAACAUUCGCUUGUGGAAUAACAUUAGGAUCUUUGAUAGCACAGAGUUGUGAUCAGAAUUGGCUACCAAAGUUUGUACAUCCUAGUCCAAAUGAGGAUUCCUUCAAAAUCCUCGAAUUAAAAGAAUUUGGCUUCUAUUGGAUGGUUUUAAACGAAUCGGAAUCGUUGUCUUUAUUAAAUGUGGCAAAACUUGCAGAAGCUAUGAGUAGAAAUAAAUUAGAAAAAACUACAAGAAAUUAUGUGUUACCCGCGGUAAGUGCUCAAGCUCAUUUAAAAAGAAACAGAAGUUCGGAACCUUUAAGAUCAUCCAUGCCUAGAUAUGUCUGUGAUCUAUUAUUAGAAGAAGUACAUUUAUCUUUAGUUGAUUGGCAAUACAACCAAAUAGUGAACUGUAUCCACGGUUUACAAGAUAUAAAUCGACUUCGCAAAUACCGUCGUUACAAACCUAUGCAAUCCGUCAAACACGACGCCAGAGCAUGGUGGUUUUACGCAAUAAGUUGUUUCUAUCCAACAGGGAAACAGCCGUCUAUAUGUAAACCCAAACCUACUUGGGAAUCUUGCUUGAAAAAGGCCAGGGAGAACGUGAAGUAUGUUCAGAUAUGUAAGAAGAUUUUGGCUGCGCCGAGUAUGACGCUUUCCGCAGAUGAGAAAAAGAUCAAAGAGGAAGUUGAAUGGGGUAGAGAAUACGAAGAUUUGAAGAUUUUGAAAAAGAUAGUACUCGAUUCUGUGAAACUGCCUCAAUUGAACUCUAACAACGAAAACGAUUCAUCUAAAGGUAGAAGCUUGUUGGUGAAAUGGUUCCCGACGUGGAUGGGUUGGUAUUCAGGAUCCAGCGAAACUGCACCCACACUACCUCCAGACGCGUCUAAGUUAGAGGGAGAAAUUUUGCAGGUUUUAGCGGAUACUGCUGAAGAUAGUACAACCUUCAGGAAAGAUGCGGUAUUUGGAAAGUUCAAUUUUUGUUUAAAGACGGGUACUCUGGGACUGUGCACAAUGGAUAAAACCACUAAUGAAAGCUCAUCUUUGUUGGAAAUGGAGUUUAAAAAUUUCAUGCUCGGUUUUCUAAGUAAACCUAGAUCUCAAUCGCAUGUGAUCGAAUUAUCUUUAGAUGCUUUAUUCUUAAAAGAUAAAAUAAGCGCAAACACGAUGUUUCCCAUUGUUAUGGGUCCCUCAGGAAUCGACAGAAUAUCAUCUGCACAAAUCAGAGGUCCUAGAAGAACUGGUACAAAUAAAUCAGAUUAUGUUAAGGAACAUUUAUUUUAUUUAAUAUACGAGAAAAAACCGCCAAACUCAGGAACUGAUUUUAGGUUAAGUGUGAAAUCGGAGAGUUUAGAUAUAGUUUAUCAACCAAAUGUAGUUAGAUGGCUUAUAGAAUUUAUUUAUUUACCUAUUCAACGUGAUAUAACACAAAUUCAGUUAGAAGCUAUGAAGUUGAAGACGAAAAAGGAACUUAUGAAAAACUGGGAACAGAUAUUUUCUGGAGGAUCGGUUAAUAGGUCUACUUGGGAACUUGAAUUAGAUAUAACUGCUCCUCAGAUAAUAUUUGUCGAACAGUUUAGCGAUCAAAAUUCCGCUAUGGCUGUGAUAGAUUUCGGGAAAUUACAUUUGAAAAAUAACGUAGAAAAAAUGAGUGAAAAUAGUAAAGCUGGGGCUUUAGAUAAUAAAAAUGAUGAGGAUGACGAAACUUACUUGACACCAUGCUCAACUCCACCAGUUAGUGAGGGCAGCCUUUCCGCUGAUCAAACCAUCGAAGGAAUAUCCGAAGCUGAAGAUGCUUCCAAUAUUCUGAACGAAUCAAAUUUACAUAAGAAAUUAUACGAUUCGUAUUGUUUAGAUUUAACAGACUUGCAGAUCCUUAUAGGAAGGGCGAAAGAUAAUUGGAGAUUUGCCUUAAAUAAGGGAUCAUCUAAUUUACACGUACUGGACAGAUUUAGUAUAUCUCUGCAGAUAGAAAGACGAGUGAUAUAUACUUCUGAUCCACAUUAUCCAAGCGUCAUACUAAACGCCCAAUUACCAAAACUGGUUACCCAUCUAAACGAAAAUAAUAUAUCUUCAGCUAGGAAUUUAAUACAGAUGUUGUCCAUGACGCUACUACCACCCUCUUUUAAGACGGCUGCCAAUACCAACAUUAAUUCUUCUGUAGAUGUACCUGAUACCGGUCAAGAUUAUGAGAACAGCGAACCAGAAAGUUUACACAGCGACAUAGAACAAAAUAAUCUAAUAACAAUGCAGUUCACAAUUGAUCAAAUGUCCUUGGAAAUUCAAAGUAGAGGUCGCAGUAUCGCAGAACUUCAAAUAGCUGGCGUGAAACUAACAUUUUCACGACGUGGUGUUGAAAUGAGCAUUGCCUUAACUGUUCACAGUUUACUACUCGUAGAUGCUUUACAGACCUUUGGAGCCGAUUUUGAAUUGCUGGUGGCAAGCCAUAAGCACGUUGGUAUGGAUUCGAUGUCAGGCAGUAUCAGAGAUAGUGAGCCAACGUCGCCUGUUUCGCCGGCCAGUCCGGAUUCUACUUCUUCCAGAAAUGGAGCUACAUCUCCUUUGGCUCUAACUCAGGCGUUGAAUACACUAGCUACCUCACCUAGAGAAGGACUUAUGAAGAAUAUACUAGAAGUUGAUGCAGAGGCUUUAAUAUCUAUAGAGAUACAAUUGAUCACUGGUCCAAAACCCAUGCAGAUUGCUAAUAUACAGUUUAACAACUUGGAUAUAAUAGCAAAUCAGCAAACAUUGGUGGAAUUAAUGGGCUUUUUCAGAAGAGUUUUUCCAGAAACACAAAAAUCUGGUAGUUUAAAGUCUCAUAAUCUUGCAUUUAAUGCUCAAAAAUCAACAGAAUCAUUAUUAGAAGAGACAAUUAGCCAUAUUGGAACUACUGAAAUCAUUUUCGAUUUCCAUAGGCUGAAUGUUCUACUGUUAAGAGGAAUCGUUAAAGACGGAAAUCUGUACGGAAAGAAGAUAGGAACAGCAACAAUGAGCGCAGCUAAGAUCCAAGCUACAAUAAGUUCAAAAUUCGAACUGGAAGGAUCAUUAGGUAGUCUUCAGGUGCUUGAUUUAACCCCGGAAGGCCAGAUACACCAAAGCAUAUUAAGCGUCGGAAGCGAUCCAAAUUCAGACAACUCACAUUUACUUUACACCAUUUCAGAUGAAGAUAAAACUGCAUUUAAAUUUAGAUUAGUGAAAACUGAAGAGAAAGACGCUCUGGAUGUUAUGAUUCGUAUGGCCUCUGUAUGGUACACGCAUUCCCCUUAUUUUAUCCUGGAACUACAAUCGUGCGCGUCUGAAUUCAAGCAGUACCUGUCAAAUUUAGCGAAAACCAUAAGAACAGCCGCCACCGAUAUGGCUUUAGGGCUUGUGCACGUCAGAACCGAAGCAUUAGCACAGUCUUUAAAUCUGAGCAAAAAUCUUCCAAAUUCAGUGUAUAGCAGCGCAGUGUCGAUAAGUGAAAACUUUACUCCAACGAGGAGAAGAUCUGCGAGUACUUCUGCCAAAGAUUCGAUGAUUUCUACGCCAACUAGUCCUAACGACGACAGUGAUUUAAUAUUAAACGUUAAUUUAGAUGUUGAGUUGGACAGUCCUGUUAUAGUGUUACCCCUAAGCAAUACCAGCACCGAAGUAUUUGUAGCACACUUGGGUAAAAUUACUGUUAACAACAAGUAUACAGAUGAAGUUCGAAUACACUCCGUCCAUUACCGAAUCGAGUGUUAUAACAUCGAUGUUAAAGACAUGAAUAUAUACUCUUUGGACAUUAAAACAAGGAGAGUACUGGACUUUAAGUGUAUAAAGCCCGAAGUAUUUUAUAAUUGCAAAUAUGACGCAAAACCAAUUUUGCACGACACGAUAUUACAAUUAAAGAUUGAAAGAGAAGUGAACAAACCUAUCAACACUUACGAUCAAGAAUUUUCGUUGGAUGAAGACAUAGUUAAAACCAAGAAAACCAUCCAAGUAUCUGGAAGCAUAGUAAAUGGCUUGAAAGUAUCUUUGACUAGGUCACAAUACAGACAGAUCUUAGACACUUUAGAAUUUUUAUCUUCGAUUAAUAGCCAUAGUCAUGAAGAUUAUUCUAGAAUUCAUGCCAGACCCAAUUUUGCUCUAGCAGACAUAAAAGAAGAAGAUUCUGGUAUAAGUACUCUUAAUAUGGAUCCUCACGUGAGAGCAAAAAUGUUUCAAAACUUUCCUGCACUGAAGAAAAAACGUUUAUCUUCUAGCGUAACUGAAGUUAAGAUUUGUUUCGAUAUUUCUUUGUUCAAAAUAGAACUAAAAGCAGCUGAGCAGAGCCUCAUUAACGUCUCAUUUCUCGAUUUUGCAUUUCGCUACGACAAAUGUCAUGAUUUUGAAACAAAUAUUCAAAUAUCUCUGAGAUCUGUCCUCAUGGAAGAUCUUCAACAACCGGAAGAUAGCAAACAUAGAAUUAUUGUGACGUCAUCUGCUAAUAGUGAUCCUUCUUCAUCUGCUGCUUCCACAGCUUCUAGAUCUUGUCCAGAUGUGACUUAUCCUCCAUAUCUAAGAAGAACUUCGCAUAACUCGUUACCGGAUCAUCUAGAAUCAAAUGAUCUAUUUGGUUUCCAAGACAACAGCACUUUACACAAGAAUGAUACAAGCUGGGAAGAAUAUCCUUGUACCCCUCCUUCUAGUCCAACAGGUACUAGGUCUCGUGGUGAACGUAAUUUGGUUAUAGUGAGCAUGCUUCUAGUAGAUACUAACGCACCCAAUUUCCAUGACCACUACAACAGCGUACAUAAUGCUACCUCCGUCGAUUUUAAUUGCUUGGACCUAAUAAUUACAUCUAAAUCUUGGGUAAUAGUGUUAGAUUUCUUCAGUCUACCCCCCGAACCGGUUAGUACAAGUUCAGAAUCGUACGAAGAUAUACGAUAUAAACCCCGAAAAGAAGUUAAUGUCACUACUAUCAAUGUCAAGUCUCUGAAUAUCGUAAUCGCAGAAAGAGAUAGGGAGAUUGCAAAAGCUAAUAUAUCUAAUGUAGAACUUGAGAUUAAAACUACAGGUAGUUCGAAAGAAGUCGAUGGAAAACUUGGAUCUUUGUCGUUGUUGGAUUUGACGGUUGAUGGACAGUUUUAUAGGGAUAAAUUCUUGACCUCAGGAAAGCAAGCAGUGCUCUUCAAAUACUCAAGAUAUCCUCCUGGAGCGAAAAAAGAUCACGAUGCUCAGCUUAUCUUAGAAAUGGCAUCUGUCGUAUACGUCCAUACAAAACGAUUUAUUGCAGAAAUUUUAGCAUUCUUCAAGAAUUUUGCGGAAAGACAACAAAUGUUGAUAAAAAGUAUUCAGGCAGCAACCAGCAGGCAGUUGAGUAGAGAUGAACCAUUACGAUUAUCUCUUAUAAUAGAGGCCAAAUCUCCAAUUAUUCUACUUCCCGUUAGUCUAAAAUCUCCUAAUUUAAUCGUAGUCGACCUUGGGCAAUUGGUCGUAACAAAUUCUUUCAAGUUUUCGGGGGAUGAAGGCACCGUGAGCGUCGUUUCUGACAGCACUAGGAAGAAAUGUUUGUUGGAUGUUAUGGCAGUCAGUUUAGAAAACACAGAUUUAUAUAUGGGCGUGAAAACUAAUCAUGUUGGUCCAGAGAGGAAGUCUAAAUCAACAUAUUUUAACUUUGGAAAUAGCUGCAUCAUGAAAGUGGGCCCCUCACUUCUUACGAAGAAGUUCCAGUUAAAGUUACAAAUCGAACAAAACCUCGACAAAAAAGAAAAACAAGUAGUACCUGACAUGAGUAUAUACGGACAACUGUCUACUCUCGACGCUGCCAUAGAUUUAGACCAAUAUAAACAGAUUAGAGGGCUUUUGGCGCAUAAUUUGGGAGAAGAUACAGAACAUAUUAAUCCUUCAGUGCCGCCCAAUUUAAGAAAUGAGAGCGACAGCGGCAGAUACUGGACACUGUCGUUUAUUAAGCUUGAUCUCCAAAACGUAACCUUAUCUCUCUCAGAAUCACACUACUUGCAAGACUCCCAUUUAACUUGCAUCAACUUCAUUAAAUCUCACCUCACCAUCGAAACCUUCAGCAAUUUUUGCCAAGACAUCGAUUUAGUAUCUAAAGAAAUACUCAUUAAAGAUACUCGACAAAGUAAAUCCGACGAGAAGCAAAAUGUUUUUAGCAGUAUUUUACAACCAGUAAGUAAUCCCACCAAUAACGAGCAAGUUCAAGCCGAAAUUCAUAGCAGGAAGAAAUUAGAUUUUAUGAAAGUUACGAUUCUUUUCAAUAAUCUUCGUUUGAUGGGUAUAUUUGAUUGGUGGGAGCGAUUUUUAAAAUAUAUAGGACAAGAUUUUGAUCAUGGGCCUAGUGAGGAACACGAAAUCCAAAAACAUGCAAAAAUGGAAUCUUCACAGUUAGAGUUUGAAUUAAAACUCAACAUCACCGAUUCUGAAAUUGUUAUUGUCGAAGAUUCUUCACAAUGGGAUACAAAUGCAGUCAUUUUAAAGAGUACAACAGUUUUAAACUAUCGCCCUUUUGAUAUGUUUAAACCUCUUACCUGCAAUUUGAACAACUGUGAAAUGUUUUCUUGUAUAUUAGGACUGGAAGAUGAGACUGCUCUGUCAAUUAUAGACCCAGUGAUACUUAAUAUUGAAGUUAAUCAAAAUGGUAUUCUAGAAGUUCAGUUACAAUUUUUUAUUGUGAGGCUUUCGUAUAACGAUAUGUGCAUGUUUAUAAGGAUUCUAAAUUCCUUGCCCCAACAAAUUCUUUUCAGUAAAGACGACAAAGAAGAAAAAAUAGGAUCCUUAGCAAGUCAAGUAGCUUUAUUAAGUGGACUUGGUUUUAAACCCGAAGAUUGUGCCGCUGCAUUAGAAAAGUGUGAUAAUAGGUUAGAUGAUGCAGCUCUAUGGUUAACUAAUGCUGGCAAGAGCUUGGAUACCAGAAAACCAGCGAAAAAGGCUUUAAAUAUUUCUGCUGUAGAGGUGAAAGCAAAUCGUAUUUCCCUAUGCAUUAUCGACGACUGUGGAGAUUCAGAUGUACCUUUAUUAGAAUUGUCAUUCACAGAUGUACAUUUCAACCAACUGUUACCUGAAUUCAAUAUUAAGGAUCCUAUAUAUCCCCAAGGGUAUAUUGACUGUGUUUUAGCCAUUGAUUACUAUAAUCGAGUUCUCUCAGGAUGGGAACCUAUGUUGGAACCUUGGAAAUGCAAAGUUAAUUGGGAACAGACGAACUCUCAAAUGCUAUUAAAGUAUCGCCUAAGUUUAAAAGUAGAAUCUAACGAAAUCUUCAAUCUGAAUAUAACCUCAACCGUUAUAGAACUGUUUGAUCAAGUUAAAGUAAACUGGAUUAGAGAUUACCGCACAAUAGCCCAAUUGAAGAGUAACGCUUUAGCGGUAGAUAAUGCUGCAAACUACCGAAGAAGAUCACCUUUUGUUCCUUUCGCUUUGAAAAAUCUUACAGGAUCAGCACUAACGUUUACGACGUUUGUGUCAGAGUUAGAUAAUUAUAGUUCUACACCAAUUGGAACUCAAACGGAAAAUUGGCUGAAUGUAAAUCCUGGAGAAAUUGUUACAUUUUCUUUUACAACCAGAGAUAAAAUGAGGCAUCAAAAUUCACAUAAGAUGCGAAUGCAUCAAAUAAAAGUGAAAGUGGAUGGAUGGAACUGUUUGGAACCUGUCACGGUCGAUAGAGUUGGCGUAUAUUUUCGAGACACAUGUGCUGAAUUUCAGGCUAGGAUGUCCGAAUUGCCUUAUGCGCGUAUUGUCUUCGAUGUGACGUUAGAAGGCUCCGCUAGAAAAUUGGUAACAGUCCGUUCGGCUUUACAACUCGUCAACAACCUCCCUCAAGCAGUCGACAUCAAAUUGGAAAGCAAAUUACCCAGUGAUGAUAUCACGAACAUGUUCUGGGUUGCUAGUCAGUUAUUCACGAUACAAACCAACGAAACUUUAGCCAUUCCAUUAACGCAUGCACAUUCACAAAUUAAUAUUAGACCGUCACUAUCACCACAGCUGUACACGUUUUCAGUACCUGGUAUUUCAUGGACUCAAGUACCCAAUGGAGCGGACAGGAUAUUCCAGUUGGCCACCUGCCAUUCCCACAAAGGACACAAUUAUAGAUUUUAUACGGAAAUUGUUAAACAAGAAGUAUUAAUACCGAAUAGGAUUAGGCAUGAACCGGCUCACACUAUAUUCCUCUUACCAGUAGUGGCAAUUGAAAAUCUGUUGCCAGUAGAUAUGCGUUACACUCUAUCUGCUCAACAAGGCAUAAUUAAAACAAACGCCAGUACAACAGUUCAUAACGUUGAUCCUGAUUCAGUGGAAUUGAAAGUGGAACUAGAUAAUUUUCGAACAUGCAACAACGUCAUCGUACCUGUUGGAUGUACAACCACUUUCACGUGUCGCGUUAAACUUGAAGAUAAUCAACAACGUAAAUUACAUCUGCAAGUAAUGGUGUCUUUUAACAAAGGUGCAAAACUGAAGUUUACUGUAUCUGCGUUUUACUGGAUAAUAAACAAAACUGGCUUACCGCUUGUUUUUCGGCAAUCGGGAACGUCACUUGAAAGUGCAGGGCAAUAUGAUGAACACGAGCAAGCUCGCAUGUUAUCACCAUUUAUGUUCAGUUUUUCUGAUCAAGACGGAAGUCCUACGAUGAACGCUAGAGUAGGCAAAAAAGUCAUUUGGGAUGGAACUCCACAAUGGUGUGCAAAUUUCCACGUAGCCAAAGGCACUCAAUAUCGAAAACUCCACGUAACUUUACGAGACGGACGUCCCGAUGUUGUGUUCAUAAUAGGUUUAGAAGUGCGGGUGGGUAGAGGAAAGUAUCGAAGUACCAAUAUCAUAACUAUAUCACCCAGAUACCAAUUACACAAUAGAACAUCGUAUAAACUACUAUUUUCACAACUUUGUUAUACCCAAGGAAGGCAACAACAGUUACCGAAGUCUUGUUUGAAAGCAAUGUCGAAUUCUCACAUGCCUUUUCAUUGGCCAAAUUUGGAAAAGGAGCAGUUGCUGUGCGUCUCUAUAGAGGAAGUACAGGAAUGUUGUUGGUCUGGAGGACUUAAAAUCGAUACUAAUAACUCUAUGCAUGUUAACAUCAGGGAUGCUUUAGGCGGUGUUUAUUUCCUUCGUAUGGAAGUAGUGUUGAAAGGAGCAACCUUCUUUGUAGUGUUUACCGACGCCGAUACACUGCCGCCACCAAUGAGAGUGGACAAUUUUUCAGAAGUCUCGAUAAUGUUUGGACAAAGCUGUUACAUAGACAUCAUGCAUAGCACAGCGAGAGCUCAUUCCAGUGUGCCUUACGCUUGGGACGAACCGACCAAAGCUAGCACUAUUAAAGUUAUAGGUCCAGGUGGGGUGUCUAAUACGUACAAUAUGUCUACUUUAGGCUCAGUGCCUGGACUGACGUAUGAGAAUUUUAUUUAUAUUGCUUUCACUGGAACAUUUAAGAAAUCAAGGGGUGUUUAUGACCCCAACCCCGACAUGGAAAGUCAAGAACUGGUUCUUAGUGUAGGAAAAAACACUCGAGUGCUUCUUUCUAGCAAAAUGGCAAGUGAUAGAUCUCAGCUAUGGAGAAUGACGUCUGAGGGAUAUUUGGAACACGAGGGCAGCAGUCCACCAUUACAUCCUGGUCAGACUAGAAAUCAAGACAGCAUUUUAGUGCUUGAUAUCGAAAACACCGCUCCUCAACCCAACACCUAUUCCCGACUUAUGCUGAGAAGGAUCGAUCCAAGAAGACAAUCGACGCAAAAAUGGAGAUUCACUGAGGAUGGAAGGUUAUGUUGUGAUCAUUAUAAUAUGUGUGUGCAAGCUAUGGAUGGAUCUUAUGGUUUGCGUAGUGGAAAUGCAGUGGUAUUAGGUUUACCGCAGGCAGUAAGCUACAUGUUUGUAAGUAACGGUUUGCCGAUAGAACAAGCCAUAGAAAGACAAUAUCUACGCCCUGGAUCUGGUUUACUUUCUGUAAAUAUCUACAUGGACGGCCCGACCCAAGUCAUUUGUAUAAAAGAUUUAAAAGAAAGUAAAUAUUAUGCCACUUCGGAUGAUAAAGAAUGGGGUACCAUAUCUAAGGAUCAGAGACCGAAUUUGAUCAGAACAGAGAGUAAAGAAAAGGAGGAAAAUCGGGAGCUUCAGUUUAAUAUUACGUUGAAUGGUAUUGGGAUUAGUUUGGUCAGUAGAAAGAUGCAAGAGGAAUUGUUGUAUGUGCUUUUUUCUCAUAUCGUUGGAGAGACUGUCAUUACGAACCAAGCUAAUCAAAUCUGUUUUAGUAUUAAAGAUAUUCAAAUCGACAAUCAGCUCAUAGAUACAUCAGUUCCAGUAGUGGCUUACAUAACCCCUCCUAGUUCUAGAAACAACGAUCAAGCAUAUAAUCACUUAUCAGCACUCGAUUUUAGCGCCGAACUUCAGCCUCAGAAUAAUGCUCGUGCAGUUAUAUUUAAGUAUCUAAUAAUCAGGUUAAAAAAGAUUACAUUAAUUAUUGAGGAAGUGCUACUUUUGAAAUUUUGUGAAUUUCUGGGAAUUCACUCUCAAACUGAAGAAAUUGUGAAUAAAGAUCAAGAUGAUGGUGAAAUCCAGACUUUGCUGUCUGAAACAUCUGCUGCGAAUGCUAAAAGGUACUACUUUGGAAUCAUAAAAUUGAUACCGGAUCAGAUAAGACUGAGCGUUACGACUGCUAGUAAGCUUCCCAAGCAGUUACAACGCAUAAAAAGAAAACUUGGAUUAACAUUAAUUAAAUUUGAAGAUGCUGCUGUAGAGUUGGAAGCUUUUGAAAGGAAGCAUCCGUUCGAAACUAGUCAGUUUUUAAUACAGACCAUAAUUAAACAUUUUAAUACAGGACUGAUGUGGCAAGCUGGUAUUAUAAUCGGUUCAGUGGACUUUAUAGGAAAUCCUUUAGGUUUGGUGAAGGACGUCUCAGAAGGAAUCUCGGGUGUUCUUUACGAAGGAAACGUGGGCUCGUUAGUGAAAAACGUCACACACGGCAUGUCCAAUUCAGCAGCAAAAAUAACCGAAUCCUUAUCGGAUGGACUAGGAAGAGUAGCCAUGGAUGACUCCCAUGAAGAAAUGAGGCAAAAAAUUAGAACGGUGCACAGUGGUAAAAGCUCAGAUCAUAUUUUAGCAGGAUUCAAAGGAUUAGGCUUUGGACUUUUGGGAGGUGCUACCGGAAUAUUUAAACAAGUCUAUGAAGGCGCUUCAAAUGAUGGAAUUCAAGGAGUCAUUUCAGGUUUGGGAAAGGGUGUAGUAGGAGCAGUAACAAAGCCUAUAGUAGGAGUGUUAGAUUUUGCCUCAGAAACUGCAAGGGCUGUAAGAGAUUCAAGUAGAAGUAAGCUUAUGCCUCAAAGGAAUCGAUUACCAAGAUGCGUUUUUGGACCGGGAGAACUGUUGCCAAAAUUCAAUUCCAAGCAAAGCCAAGGCCAAGAAUAUCUCUACAGGGUAAAUAAUAAGAAUUAUAACGAGCAGCUGGUUGCAUAUGAGAUUUUAGGAAGUGCCUCUGAAGAUUUGAUGUGCAUAGUGUCAAAUAAAAUUUUAAGGAUAGUAACGAGUACCAAAACUCCUGAACUUACGUCUGUGAUAGAAUGCCACUUAAGUGAUUUAGAAGUUUGCAAUGUAAUAAAAGAAAAGGAGCACAGCGAAAUCCGCUACUACAUAGAGAUCGUAAUGCGAUAUGCCGGUGCCAGUGCUGCGCUUUUAGUGAAUACAGAUCCAGUGAAAAAACCGAGGGUCAGAUGUAGAACUUUAGAGUUGGCGGAUACGAUAUCCAAGCAAAUUAAUUACGCAAAAAGAAUGUACAACGAGCAUUUGUAUACACUUGUAACUGAUAAUAGUUCCAUGCUAGAAGAAUAAAUAAAUAUGCCAAAAUUAUUUUGAAAUAUUAAAUAAAGAGGGAGAAGAAUCCCAGUGGUCAUAUUCGUCUUUGACGCAGAUCACAUUUUCUAACAGAAACGAAAAUAAUAAUGCAUUGAAAUAGUUUCUGAUUCCUUUGCUAAUUUUGAUUGAAAUUAAUUCUCAUUAAAUAAAAUAGAUAAACUAAAAGUCAAACAAUUAGAAAUGCACGUCAUAGAUUUAAUGACAUCAUAACCCACCGGUACAAACUUAACGGCCAAUAAAUUUAACAAUUUCCCCCCAUAUAUUAGGUUUUUCGCCACCGUCAAGUUUAGCAGGAAAGCGCUGUUGCGAAAUAAAAAGCGUAUGUAUUUAUCACAGCAGCUACCGGCUACACUGUUUCUUUUUGUCUUUAAGAGGGUGAAACAAAGAUAACUAUCUGUAAUAUAAGUAUCAAAGUCAUGUCCUAUAGAAGGUUAUGUAAGAUUUUUGUUUGUUUAUUUUUUUCUUAAACUAAACCCUAACUAAACCUACCAUACAAGACUAUUACUAACCUAACCGACCAAUCAAGGAUAGGGAAGGGAAAGUGAAGUUGAUUAAAAAAUAAACUGUCGUUAAAAUAUAAACUAAAUAAAUAAAAUAUAAUUUGAAAACAAUAAUUUGACAUUAUAUUUAACCUACAAUAUUAUGACUGACAGACGUCAGUUACCAUUUAUAAUCUCACCAAAUAUAAUAAUGAUGUCAUAUAAACUAGUCACUAAUUCUAGCCAAUGAAAUACUCGCUGUAAUAGGGCUUUUCAUUCACAGUCAUUUGUUUCGAGCUUCUGUCAUGUGUCACAAAAAUUAAUAUAUCUACGUCAUACAGUAUUUCUCAUGAUCAUCUUUCAGUGCGUCACAGUUUUUCGAUUUCUUUCUAACGCAUUAAAUUGUAUGUGACAGAAAAAAAGGCACGUCGGUGAUUAUAUUUCGUCGGUGACAUUUUUAUAACAUUUAUUCUAGUUAUUCUAGUUGUCGAUAGAUGGCGCCAUAAUAAAAAAAUAUAUUUUUUUAAUUAGAUAAUAAUAUUACAAAUAUAAUCUGUAUAAUUUAUAAGACUAUACAAAUCAAAGAAAAUACCAUUUUAUAAAUGCAAGAAACACAUUUGAUUUGUUUUUAUUCCAAUUUGAAAAUAAAAUGUGACAACUGUCAGAUUUAACUAAAAUGUCAUGUUAGAAUAAAUGUCAUAAAUGUAUAUUAUCACGGACUUACCCAUUUUCCUAUCAUUUGUUACGCACUGAAAAAUGAUCAUGAAAAGGACAAUACGUUAUUGGUAUCCACCAUAAUACAAACCAAAGACGUAUAACGUAGAUAUAUUAAUAUUAUGUAACACAUGACAGAAGCUCGAAACAAAUGACAAUCGAUGAAAAGCCCUAUAGGAAUGCCAUGUCAAAAAAAUCUGAAUAUUCCCUAUAUGUUUUUUCACAUUUAUAAUAUGCAACAAGGCGAAAAUUACGUGCAUUCCUUAUUGUUUGACUUUUCCUUUAACACUAAAAUAAAGCAUAAAAUUUCUGGAAGUAACAAUUUUACUACUGACAUACCUACUUAAACGUUAUUUGAGAUCUUCAAUGACUUUAUUUUUUAAUCUGUUAAUAAUAAAUUAUUUAUUAUUAUUUUAAUACAUUUCAGAUUCGCUUUAGUAUUGAUACAACGCAGUAUUUUUGACUAGUUUCUUUUUAUUUUAAAUUAUUUAUGUAUAUAUGUGAGUUAAAUUUAGAAAAAAUUUUAAGGGGUUUUUGUUUUUAUUUCAUAAAAUUAUACAUUUUAUUUUAGGCUUAUUUUUUAUGUUAUCUUCUAUGAGACAACUUUCUAUAUUAUAAUGUUUUGUUACAUAGCAUUUAAGGUGUUUCAAGUUUUUUCACACUUUACUAUUAGUAUACAUUGGUCGUCGCUCUAAUACUCAGAAAUAUCUAUUUUAUACCCAAUUGGAAAUUUUUCAGUCUAUUUUGAUAUUAGGGGAUUAAAGUUGAAAAUGAAUAUUGAUUAUUAAUUUUAUAUUGUCUUUUUAAUGAUAUAUUGAAACUAUUAUUCGUAAGCAUUUGACAUUCACUGGAUAUCUUUAUCCUGACAAUCUUUAUCACUACAAAAUGUAUCUGUUGUAUUUUGUUCUUUUAACUACUCAACAAUCAGGAAUGUAUCUAGAAUCUAGGGUGCUCGGUAAAAAGAGUAUGAGUCAAAAAUGGUCAAAAUAUUAUUUGUGUUGAAAAAAAACUAUAAAGGACUAUCUUUACCUUGGUACCAAUAGAACAAGUCAAUAUGGUAAUAUAAAAUAAAUAAAAUUAUUUGGCUUAGAUAAAAUUGGUAGUAGAUAUGCUUAUUAAUUAUCGUUUUUUGCUUCUCCUGAAAAGUUGACUAAGACUUCAAUCAAUCUUCACAAAUUUUCCGAAAACUCUUUUCUUAUUGAGCGCCCUGGAUAUUAUCCUAACUGUUUUAACGAGCUUAUUAUUGUACAUAAUUAUCUUUCAGUUUACAUUGAAUUUUUUGUCACAUAAACAUCUCCCACUUCCAUUUAUUUUGUCCCUGCACUCAUAUUCUAUACUCCGCUAUUUACUGUUGUAUCAAACUUAUCUGUAUCCUCUCCUGUCCUAACUUUAGUUGUUACUCAAGCACAUCUUUCUCUAGAUAAAUGUACAUUAUAAUAUGUAUUUAUGUAUGUAUGUAAUCCAUUAUCCCUCCUGUGGGCAUAGGGCAGUCGAAAAAUAUUUUUAUUUCUGCCUGUUUUUCGCGAUGUAACUCAUCUGUCUAAAGAUCAUAUUGGCCUCUGCUUGGGUACUUCUAAUCCUAGUUACCUUUGGCCGUCCUUGUUUUCUUCUUCCUUGUGGGUUCCAAUGUAAGACUUUCUUUGGAAUUUCAUUUUCGCUUUUUCUUAAAGUAUGUCUCAGCCAUUCAAACUUCCGUUUGCGUAUUUGUUUUCCAAUUUCCUCUUCUACUCGGACCCAUAGCUCUCGGUUGCUUAUACUUCGGGCCAACAUAUCUUAAAUAUUCUUCUUAGACAUAUAUUUAUGGAAACCUGGAGUUUAUUUUCUAUUGUUUUAGUAAUUGUCCACGAUUCUGCCAUAGAGUUAGACUGGUUUAACCAUUGAUUUAAAGAUUUUUAUUUUUGUAUGGGUUGUCAGGAUGCUUGUCCGCCAUAUCUUACUUAGUCUUGCGAAAGUGCUCCUGGGGUUAUUUAUUCUUUUGUCGACGUCUCUGAGUACUCCAUUUUUUUUCGAUCUAAUACUUCCUAGAUAGUUAAACUCGUCUAUUUCUUCUAUAAUUCCUUCUCUUACUCUUAGUUGUAUAUUCUGUGUCGUAUUCAAGCUCAUCGAUUUGGUCUAUCCUUUAUUCAUUUUUAAUCCCACUUUGCUCACUUCUGUUUCUCACGCUUCUAUCUUUUCUUGCAUAUGUUGUCUGUUCUGCUACAGUAAGCAUAUAUCAUCUACAAAAUCUAGAUCUUCAAUUCAUUGUAUUCCCCUCUUCUUGUUAUUUAUUGAACAUGUUAUUUAUUUUUUACUUCUAGUUUUCCUUUAGCUGUAUUUUGCAUUCUUUCGUUCUUUUAGUUGUUUUUGUUUUAUGUAAAAAUAUUUCCCACUUAUAGAAUGAAUUACAAUCAAUUAUUAAGCUUUAAAUCCUGUCCUAAAUUUUAUCGGUCCAAUUUUUUCGAAAAACCAUUAGAAAGACAAUAUACAAUUAUUAUGGAAGUCUUUUCCGGAAAAAUUUUGAUUUUAUUUGUAAAAUAUAAAUAUUUUAUUGUUUUUUAAUUUUUGUUACAUUUUUGUGGACAAUAAAAAGCAAUAUUUUUAUAUUAUGUGCUGUGCUUAAUAUAUUAAUACAGUGCAUUUGAAUUCAACACUUAAACGUGUCUAGGUUUAACAAAUCGUCGGUGUAUGUCAAAUUUUAACAAAGAUGUUAUCAUAUAAUCCUGAACUUCUUUUUUUUUUCUAAAUGUUGGUUGUCUUUAAGAUUCAGUAUAUUUUCAUAUUGAAAUUUGUUUGAACGCCACACUUUUUCUAUGUUGUUUAUUUAAUGCUAGAAUCUAGUCAAAGUCCAAUCAGUAACUUUUUUAUAAAUCCUAACUUGAUAUCUAAUCCAAUCUAAGAAUCACCCAGUGGUGUAUUCUUAGUUUGUUCUAUUUUUUAAAGCACUUUUUUCUUGUGGGCCAAUAGCUUUUUCAUUUGUACUAUGCACUACACUAACUCAUAUAGCUUUGUCCUCUUCUUGGCUAAAGUUAUCUUUUGGUGCUGUGAAAGCCUUUCCUCGUGCCUGUAGGCAAUUUUUUAUAUUCCUUCAUCAACAUAACCCACCCCUAGGUCUCUGUGGAUAUCUUGGUUGUGAAUGUACCAAGGUGCGUUAACAUUGCACCUCAAUACUUUAUUUUGGAAAGUCUAAAUUAUUUUAAUAUUAGUUUUUUUGGUACAACCCCACAGUUGAAUGCCAUACGUCCACUUAGGUUUUAAAAUCUGCUUGUAGAAUAAAAGCUUGUUAUGAAUUGACAAGGCUGAGUGUGUUCCCAGAGGUCAAUACAUCUUUUUGAAUCGGAUACCCAAUUCUUCCAGUUUUUUCUUUACUUGUAUGAGCAUAUUCUUCCAUUAUAAUGCAUAAAUGGGCCAUUAAGCACAUUGUGAUAAAAACUCGGUGCCCGAACAACAUCACCCUGUAAACAUCGUGAAAUCCCAGUGGCGUAGGUUUAUAAUUUUUCCUUAUAUAUUAAAGUAUUUUGGAAGUGUCUAAAUUAAUUAAAAAUUUUAGAUUUACACUGAAUAUUAAGCUUAUAUAGUAUUUUUACUGCAAAAGCGAUAUUACGUAGGUCAAAAUUUUUGACGUAAGAGAACUGUCAAAACAUUAGAAUGUGACUUUUUAUUAUUGCCAUGUUUAUUAUAAACAUGGCAAUAAUGAAAAGUCACAUUCUUAUGUUUUGACAGUUCUCUUACGUAAAAAAUUUUGACCUACGUAAUAUCGCUUUUGUAGUAAAAAUACUAUACCUGAGUAUAAGGUUACAGUAGAAUGAAAAUGUGAUUUCAUCGAAACAUUGAAUAUCUUGUUAACUAUUACCUAUAUCUCCGCUUUAGAUAUGCGCGUUGGAAGUGGAAUGGGUCAUUUUGGUUUGUUUUAAUAUAUACAAUUUCGCUUAUUAACCAAAUACUUCGAAUAAUAUAUUCAAUUGUAUCACCUUUAGGAGAGGAUGUCAUACAAAAGCAACAAAAAGUUUACAAUUUGACGUAUCCCGACUUCUUUUUUGCUUAAACCAAACUUGAUGUAGAUAGUUUAAAUUUUACAUCCUAAACUCUUAUGAGUUCAUAUCAUUUGUCUUAUUUUUAAUUAAUAUGUGUUUUCUGUUAUCGUCAUUUUUGAUUAAGAUUUUGUUAGUGAUAUCCUUAAAGUUUAGUAUAGUCUAGAAAAGGAUAUUUAUUGUGAUUUAUUUCCCAUAUAUUUGAAACUAUUUAUUGUAAAAUAAACAAGUAUCAUAGCAUAUAUGGAUGCAUGAAUAGCAUUAUGUAAAUAAUAGUCUAUUUGUACGUUGAUUAUUUAAAAAUAUAUUUUUUAUCAAU